GGAGGAGUAUAUGCAGACCUGGUGGUGCUGUGACAUCCUGGAGGCUUCUCUCUGCUGUCUGGGAGGAAACACUGACUGACAAAGCUACCAGCAGCUAGCAGCAGCAUGGGGGCCGAGCAGAGUGUGGAGGCUGAGCACAAACACUCUGACUACAGCUCCUCAGUGGUGCCGUCCCCGGCAAAGCAGAAGGCAAAGAUGGAUGACAUCGUCGUCGUGGCUCAGGGGACCCAGUCGAUGCGAAAUAUCCACAACGACCCAGAUGUCAUCAAGCUCCAGGAGAUACCCACCUUUCAGCCACUUUUAAAAGGAGUGCUGAGUGGCCAGACGUCACCCAGCAGUGUUUGUCUGGAAAGGCUGGAUGCUGCUCAGGUUCUGCAGCUCUGCGUCCGCUACCAGGACCAUCUGCACCAGUGUGCCGAGGCCGUGGCCUUCGACCAGAACGCCCUGGUCAAGAGGAUCAAAGAGAUGGACUUGUCAGUGGAAACCUUGUUCAGCAUCAUGCAGGAGCGCCAGAAACGCUACGCCAAGUACGCCGAGCAGAUCCAGAAGGUCAACGAGAUGUCCAUGAUCCUGAGGCGCAUCCAGAUGGGCAUCGACCAGACGGUGCCGCUGAUGGAGCGCCUCAACAACAUGCUGCCCGAGAGCGAGCGCCUGGAGCCCUUCAGCAUGAGGCCCGAUGGGGAUUCUGCCACAAAGUAGCCUCCUUAAAGCCACAACAGCUGCCUCUUUAUGAGUCUCCAUCCAGUCGUUCAGCCAGGAGGAAGAGCAGGUCUGUCCAGCUGUAGGGAAUAACAGCUAAGUUUUUUUUUUUUUUGCUUAGUAGAGGUACAGAUAAGGUGUUAAUGUGUGAGGCUGCUCCAGUCAGUUUCCAGGUCAGUUCUUUUGCUUAGUUUUGCUGAAAACACAUGCUCUUAAUCAGCAACAUCAUACUUACUGUAGCAUCU